GACAGACUCCAUCAACACAACAGCGGCUGCGGAAGCGCCGCGGUUUGUGUUUUGGGGGUUUUUUGUUUUCGAACCGGAGGCGGGAGAGAAAACAACACAGGAAGAUGGAAACUUUGUGACUUCCGGGCAGAAAAGAAACGAACUGAAGCCCAACUGGAACAGAUACAUCGAUUGAAACAGGAACUCGAAAUGGAGGCUGUUUCCAACCCCGAAGGUCGGCUGCAAAGACCCGACUUUCAGCAGAUGCUGCUGGUUAAGGAAGAGCUUCCUGAAGGUCCUGGUGUGGACUUGCUGGAUCCAGAGUCGCUCCAGAUAAAGGAGGAGCAGGAGGAGCCCUGGCCCAGUAUGAAGGAGGAGACUGACGCCAGCUGGUUUCCAGUAACCACAGUCAUCAGGAAGACUGAGGAAGACGAGGAAGAGAAACCUGUUUCCCCACAGCAAACGGGGAGCACAGAUCUUCCUGUCAGAUAUUCGGUUGACCUGGGGAAGUUAGAAACUGAGGAAGAGAACUGGAGGAAACUGGAUUGUAAUGCAGAUAGAAGCUCUUCAGAUACGGAUGUCAGUGAGGAUAAUGAGGGAAAUUUGAACGGUCCUGAUUCUCAGCUGGAAAACUUUUCUUUAAGGUGUUUGGUUAACAAAAAAUAUACAAUGAAGAAGAAUUUGAAAUCAACAAGGGAAUCCCAAAUAGAUCUGAAAUGUUUUAGCUGUAAUGAAUGUGGCAAGAGCUUUCUGAGGGAAAAUCUUCUAAAAAUACACAUGAGAAUCCAUACAGGGGAGAAACCAUUUAGUUGUGAACUUUGUGGACAAAAAUUUAUACAAAAAUCCAACUUGAACAGACACAUGAGAUUCCACACAGGGGAGAAACCGUUUGGGUGUCAUCUCUGUGGACAGACCUUUAGUUGGAAGUCUAGUUUAGACUGUCACAUGAGAAUCCACACAGGAGAGAAACCAUUCGGCUGUGACUUUUGUGGACAAAGAUUUGGUGAGAAAUCGGUUCUAAACACUCACAUGAGGAUCCACACUGGGGACAAACCAUUUAGCUGUGAUGUUUGUGAACAAAGAUUUAACCAAAGAUCACAUCUAAAAAGGCACAUGAGAGUCCACACUGGAGAGAAACCAUUUUGCUGUGGGGUUUGUGGACAACGAUUUGGUGAUAAAUCAGUGCUAAACAUUCACAUGGGAAAUCAUACAGGAGACAAACCAUUUGGUUGUCAUGUUUGUGGACAGCGAUUUAGUCGGAAGUGUAUUUUAGACAGACACAUGAGAAUCCACACAGGAGAGAAACCUUUUAACUGUGAUCUUUGUGGGAAAAGAUUUAGCCACAAGUCAGCUGUGAACAUCCACAGGAGAAUCCAUACAGGUGAAAACUCAUUUUGUUGUCAAACAUGUGGAAAAAAAUUUGGUCGCAAGUCAGUUUUAGAGAGUCACAUGAGAAUCCACACUGGAGAAAAACCUUUCAGAUGUGAUGUUUGUGGACAAAGAUGCAACGAAAGAGCACAUUUAAAAAAGCACAUGAGAAUCCACACAGGAGAAAAACCAUUUGGUUGUGACGUCUGUGGAAAAAGCUUUAGAGAUAAAUGGCAUUUCAAGAGUCACAUGAGGGUCCACACGGGAGAGAAACCAUUUAGUUGUGAUAUUUGUGGAAAAAGAUUUAGUGAUAAAUCAGAUUCCAAUAAUCACAAGAAAAUCCACACAGGAGAAAAACCAUUUGCUUGUGAGCUUUGUGGACAAGGAUUUAGACGAAAACCCUGUUUGAACAUUCACAUGAGAAUCCACACAGGAGAUAAACCUUUUGCUUGUGAUUUUUGUGGGAAAACAUUUCGACAAAAAUCUUAUUUAAAGAUCCACAUGAGAAUUCACACAGGAGACAAACCAUUUAGUUGUGAUGUUUGUGGGAAAAAAUUUAACAGCAAGUCAAAUUUAAAAAGUCACAUGAAGAUUCACACAAGAGCAGAAACUGUUCACAUGUGACCAUUAAGACAUCUUACUGUGGAACACUUGAAAGACUGCACAGUUGUUUGUAAAACUCAUUUUUUUUAGAAACAGUUAAAAAAUGUGUUUGUGUUGUGCCAAUGUCUGUUUGCAUUUUCAUACUUUUCACUGGAUGCUGAGCCGACAGGAAACCUGGUAUUGCAGCUGCAGGUUUGACAGCCUGUGAGCUCCAAGGGGCUUUGCAGCUGCUGCACACAUACUGGGGUUUUUAAAACUUUGUACCUGAGUUUUUACAUCUGACCAUAUUUAUGAAUAUUUCCAAGAUUUCAUGAAAACGUGCAAGUUAACAUUCUGGACAUUGUGGUCCAUUCUAACUGCAAAAAGACUUUUGUUUUUGUGAUUUAGAUGUUUGUCAUCUGAUAUUUGCAAGGUCUGGUGUCAGUUUAGGCUUUUAAGGAACAGUUACAUCAUGAGACAAAGUAGCACUUUUGGGAUUGUUGGUUUUGAUUUAUUUUAAAUAUUCUAAAAGAAUUAUUGAUACUCAUUGCCUUGUCAGCACAAUAUGGAGAGUGGAGUGUGUUGGUUUAUGGAUAUUUUGGGAAAGGAGAAUUAAUCUAUGGUCAAAUUUAACAUUUCAACUGAAUUGUUGCAUUAAAUCAAUCAAUCAAAUGUUAUUAGUAUAGCACAUUUCAGCAUCAAGGCAUUUCAAAGAGCUUUACAUCAAAUCAAACAG